UUUGACAAAACAAUCCAUGUCAACGAACCAGUGUUAGUCAACAAACCAAGUGUGAAGAUAAGCUUUAAAGGUCGUACCUAAGCUUAACUUCUAGUUAACUGGAUAUUUAAAAAAAAAACUGUGUGAGACAUUUUCUGUGGAUUUAUUUACAUGUUUGUUGGAUUUUAACUUAUCUAAGACGAUGUCUCUGGGAAAGGAAAGUCCUCAUUUGAUGACCGCCGCAGCUCGACCAGAACACAUGGUAUGUUCUGAACCACUGUGUCCCACAUCAGCAGAUCCAUUCACAGGCAGGAUCUUCUGUCGGUGUUACCAAAGUCUCGAGUCCCGGGACAGCAUCGGGAUACCACACAUGUCCAGCCCCUCCCCACAGACGCCCUAUCACGGGAUGUACCCCCCUCAGUAUGGCCUAGACGCCGCCUCUCCUGUCACAAACCCACUCGUCUCUCAUGUCACAAACCCACUGGCUCAUGGUGGUCGAUGGGAUCCAUCCAUGUUUUCUACUUCCGGUUAUUCCUCCCCGUUUCCGGCUGGUACAAGUGUCCCACAAAUGGAAAAUGUGCUCCGUUCUCAGAUGUACAAUUACAUGUACCCUGCUAUGUUUGACCUCAGUGGAGCCCGUCGUAAGAACGCCACCCGGGAAACUACUAGCGCUCUCAAAGCCUGGCUAGUUGAGCACAAAAAGAAUCCCUACCCAACUAAGGCCGAGAAAAUCAUGCUGGCCAUCGUCACCAAAAUGACCUUGACUCAGGUGUCCACAUGGUUUGCGAACGCCAGAAGGAGGCUGAAGAAGGAGACGAAAGGUGAUUGGUCAUUGGACAGCAGUUUGGACACUUCGACCAUGUCCAGUGAUGAAGAAGAACGGUCAAGCGAUGAUCAGGAGUCUAAAGACGAGCUUGCACAAAGACUUGGUCAAGUUCCUGAAAUAUCCAAAAAUCAAAUGAGGCCCAACAUGAUGACCUUUCAACCCGCUAACAUCGGACCCGAAACUCUACCCAGCUUCGCUUCAUUCACGAAUGCAAAGCUUCACGAUACGAACGGUUCGUCAAGUCCUGUAAUGACAGGACAAGUCCCAAAUGUGUACCCGAACAGCCACUUUUUCCAGUCUGGACAUUCUCACACGCCUCAUGAAUAUUCAGUGAUGACCCAAAGUCAAGAGUUUGGACAUUUUCAAAUGAAACAGGAAGACAACACGUCCGCGUCAGGCAGUGACGACUCGGACAAGGAGAACACAGACUUAUCAAAAACCAGUAUUUCUCCCCGUACGAGUCCCGACCUGCCCAAGUCUCGAAUCUGGUCCAUCUCUGACAUUAUGGGAGGUAAAAACACACAGAAAAUCGAAAAUACUGUGAAGAAAGUCGGUCUGUCCACAGAGAAUAUCACCGCCUCGUGAUGUAGUGGUCAGUGUAUUGGCUUGACGAAGGAAUUGGGAUUUUGUUUAAUCGUAACAGUGACGAUCGAUUACAUUAACUAUACAGGAAUGUGUUUCCUCCAUACUUGUUUUGCCUGUUACAUUUUAUACGCAUGUUUUGUUGAAUAUUAGUGAAAUAUUAUUGCCAAACGUAUAUUCCUGAUCCACCAAAUAAAUUAUUAAUUUUA